AUGCCGGACUUCGUCCGACGGUUUGGUGAGCCCGACGGUAAUGGAGGCUUUGUUUUAUCAGCAGAUAGACAGGCCAUCAUCACCUCGUUGCUCUCUGCUGGAACUUUCGUUGGCGCCCUUGGACAAGCCUUCACCUCCGACCGCUUCGGUAGAAAAGGGUCUAUCUUCAUAUGGUCCGUCAUUUUCACCAUCGGAACCACUAUCCAAACCGCAACCGUCAAUUCGUUGGCUCAAAUCACUAUUGGGAGAUUUAUCGCUGGCCUUGGUGUGGGAGCAUUGUCUGCCAUUGUUCCACUGUACAACGGUGAAACAGCACCGAAAGCACUUCGUGGAACGCUUCUAGUAUUAUACCAGCUCCAAAUCAUUGUUGGGAUAUUCAUCAGCUACAUUAUCGAUCUCGGAACCCAUAAAGUCCCAAGUUCAGUAUCAUGGCGAGUGCCUGUAGGGCUGCAGAUCGCAUGGGGUCUAUUCCUCUGCUCUGGAAUAUUUUUCCUCCCUGAAUCUCCGCGUCAUUUACUAGGCACAGGACAGACAGCCCAGGCAACGAAGGUCAUUGCAGAACUCAACGGUGUCCCCGAAGAUGAUCCGCUCGUAGCUGAACUCGUGGGCGAUCUCCAAUUCGCUAUCAACGCGGAAAACGAAGGCGGCAAGGCUACGUGGCUCGAAUGUUUCUCCACACGUAACGCGCUCUGGAAACGUACCUUGAACGGAAUGAUGUUAAUGUUUAUUCAACAAUUGAAUGGUCAGAAUUUCUAUUACUAUUAUGGGCCUACCUUCUUCUCUGCUGCCAAAACUGGUCUCGAUCCUCUGGCUAUUCAAGCGAUCUUGGGUGGAGUUUCCGUAUUUGGAACUAUACCUGCCUUGUAUCUGAUCGAAGCAUGGGGUCGUCGGUUAUCAGUCCUUACUGGUGCCGUCCUCGAAGCCCUGUGUUCACUCAUUGCCGGGCUAGUGGGACACUUUUUACUCGCCAGUUCAAACCCAGACACGAACAAAAGAGGUGGAGAUGUGCUAGUAGCCUUUGCCGUUCUCCACGUUUUGUCAUUCUCCAUUUUCUGGGGACCCGUUCCAUGGGUUUACCUCGGUGAAUCUUUCCCGCUCCGUGUUCGACCCAAAUGUAUUGCGCUCGGAAGUGCGACCAACUGGCUGUGGAACUUUUUGUUGUCAUUCUUCGCCCCGAAAAUUGCGGCCAAGAUUGGCCCACUCAUCCUGAUGAUAUUCUUCGGUAUGCUGGUGUUCGGGUAUGUUUACGUUUGGCUCUUUAUACCCGAAACGAAAGGAUUGAGUCUGGAGGAGGUCGAUGAAAUGUACAGAGCGGGAAUCAAACCUUGGCGUUCUGCCUCUUGGAAACCUCAUUUGUUGGAAGAGGCUCAUGAGAAGCACCUUGCGGAUGAAAGGAACGAGCAGAAACUGUCUCCAUGAAAGUUUACGAUUGAAGGUGUACCCCCCCCCCCCGGUAUGACAAAAAAUGAAUGUUUAUCGUUGGCACG